CUCUCAUCCCACGGUCUCCCCUCCGCUCAUCCCCUCCCUCCCAAAUUCGCCUCCGCCUCCGCCUCGCCGGCCGCGACCGACCAUGGCCGCCUCCGCGUCCGCCUCCACGUCCCUCUUCGGGCCGUCUGCCCUCACCGCCAGGCUCGGGGCGGGGCGCCCGUCCGGCGGGCCCCGGCGGCGCGUCGACGCGCGCGGCCGCGGCCGCCUCUCGGUGGUGGCCGUGCAGACGGGCCCGCAGAAGCCGUCGCCGUCGCCGUCGCCGUCGUCCCCGGCGGCGGACGAGGCGGAGGCGCUGCAGAACCUGCUCAAGCGGGAGUACAAGUACGGCUUCGUCUCCGACUUCGAGUCCUUCUCCAUCCCCAAGGGCCUCUCCGAGGCCACCGUCCGCCGCAUCUCGGAGCUCAAGGCGGAGCCCGCCUGGAUGCUCGACUUCCGCCUCGCCGCCUACCGCCGCUUCCUCACCAUGGCGGAGCCCACCUGGAGCGACAACGUCUACUCGCCCGUCGACCUCCAGUCCCUGUGCUUCUACUCCGCGCCCAAGACCAAGCCCAAGCUCAACAGCCUCGACGAGGUCGACCCCGAGCUGCUCAAGACCUUCGACCGCCUCGGGAUCCCUCUCGGCGAGCAGAAGCGCCUCUCCAACGUCGCCGUCGACGCCGUCAUCGACUCCACCUCCAUCGCCACCACCCACAGGGAGGCGCUCAUGGCCAAGGGCGUCAUAUUUUGCUCCAUCUCCGAGGCCAUCCGUGAGUACCCGGACCUCAUCAAGCGCUACAUCGGGAGUAUUGUGCCGCCUGGUGACAAUUACUAUGCCGCGCUCAAUUCAGCCGUGUUCAGUGACGGAUCCUUCUGCUAUGUGCCCAAGGACACGGUCUGCCCCAUGGAGAUAUCUACUUACUUCAGAAUCAAUGACAAGGAGACCGGGCAGUUUGAGAGGACUCUGAUUGUGGCUGAUGAGAGGAGCACGGUUAGCUAUUUGGAAGGUUGUACUGCUCCAGCAUAUGACUCCAACCAGCUCCACGCCGCGGUGGUGGAGCUUGUGUGCGAAGAGGGGGCCGAGAUUAAGUACUCCACCGUGCAGAAUUGGUAUGCUGGCGAUGAGGAGGGCAAAGGGGGCAUUUACAAUUUUGUGACCAAGAGGGGGCGGUGCAAGGGGCGUGGCUCGAAAAUCUCAUGGACACAGGUUGAGACAGGGUCAGCAAUCACCUGGAAGUACCCAAGUGUGGAGCUUGUUGGGGACGACACUGUUGGAGAGUUCUACUCCGUAGCGCUGACCAAGGAUUACCAGCAGGCCGAUACAGGGACGAAGAUGAUCCAUAAGGGGAAGAAUUCACGCAGCCGGAUUAUAUCCAAGGGCAUCUCAGCAGGGAAGUCAAGGAAUUGCUACCGUGGGUUGGUCCAGAUGAAUUCAGGUGCAGAGAAUGCUUAUAAUUCUUCGCAGUGUGAUUCAUUGCUGAUUGGGGACAACGCUGCUGCUAACACCUAUCCCACCAUUCAGGUGGGUUGCACUAGUGGCCGUGUUGAGCAUGAGGCAAGCACAUCCAAAAUUGGCGAGGAUCAGCUAUUCUACUUUCAGCAAAGAGGGAUAGAUCAUGAAAAGGCCGUUGCAGCCAUGAUCGGUGGGUUCUGUAGGGCUGUCUUUGAACACCUUCCUUACGAGUUUGCCCAGGAGGUGGAUGCACUUAUGAACCUGAAGCUGGAGGGAUCAGUUGGCUAAGUUCUUGGUUCAACAAGUCUGCGAAAUAUCACCCGAUAAUUAUCUGAAAUACCAUACGAUGGUUAUCUAAGGAAGUCCAUGUGACCAUGUACAGCAGCAGUAUGAGACUGAGAAGAAUAAGUUACAUGAUAAAAUGACGUUUCAUGGCUUGUAUAAUCGUCCACGACAACGAAGAGAACCGCGGCGCUUCUCUUUUGUUGUCCAUUUUUGUUUCUGGUUCCUCUGCUGUGUAAACGAGCUCAUGUUCGGAUGCCAAUACAAGAAAUAGAAACUGUCGUCUUCAUGUAUUUCACUGUGGAUCAUGUAUCAAUGUAUGUAUGGGCAAACUUGAUUCUGCCAUGUUUUGAUGGGAACAACCUCUUCUGGGGUGCUGAACACAUGAUGUAUUCCAGCUUCAUUUUGUUCAUCGCCAGGCAAGGAAGCUUUAAACAUUGAUAA